CAAAGUUUCAAACGAAGACGGAAGACCUCCCUAAAAAUGAACAAUUCACUGAUGACUUUUGUGAGAAAUGGCCACUUCCAAAACUGUUUGAAAUGCUCCAUUGCUGCUGUACAGCCUGGAAAUCGGUCCUUCCAUACUUCCAAUCCUGAGAGGCAAAUCGCAAGAAAGUAUGUAGUGAAAAACUAUUUCCAAGGACCUCCGAAGAGAUCCGACUUUGAUAUCGUCGAGCACGAGCUCCCAGCGUUGAAAGACGGAGAGAUCCUGGUUAAAGCAGAACUGAUCAGCGUCGACCCUUACCAGAGAGCAUACAACUUGAGGAGCAAGCUACCCUACACCCAAUAUGGGUACCAGUUGGGUGUGGUCCAAGAAAGCAAGGAUCCAAAUCACCCAGUCGGAAGCAGAGUAAUCUCGCUCAAAGGCUGGCGAGACUACAGCGUGAUCAACACAAGUAGCCAUCCCUUUUCGGACUUCUACAAGCUCCCCGACUUACAAGGUCUUCCAAAUGAGUACGCCAUGAGCGCAGUCGGCAUGAUUGGAGCGACAGCCUACUUCGGUCUCCUGGACAUUUGCAAGCCGAAAUCUGGCGAAACCGUUGCAGUGACCGGUGCUGCUGGCGCAGUGGGCACCAUAGUAGGACAAAUCGCCAAAGUCAAAGGAUGCAAAGUCAUCGGAUUCGCCGGAUCAGAUGACAAGGUGGAAUUCUUGGAGAAAGAACUGGGCUUUGAUAAAGCAUUUAAUUAUAAAACAGCUAACAUCGGUUCAGCACUGAAAUCCGCUGCCCCCGAAGGGAUAGAUUGCUAUUUCGACAACGUCGGUGGUGAAAUAAGUAGCACCAUUAUUGGGAGGAUGAGGAACUUUGGAAGAGUCGCUAUUUGCGGCAGCAUUAGCUCCUACAACGAGGAUCCUAGGAAAAUGCCCAAAGCAACAAUUCUUCAGCCGAGUUUGGUGUUCAGACAACUAAAAGUCGAAGGGUUUCUGGUGCAGAGAUGGGCCGGACCGGAAAAUCGUUGGCCCGAAGCUUUCGCUGAUAUCACGAAAUGGAUCAAAAACGGACAGAUGAAAACGCACCAUCAUGUCACAGAAGGAUUUGAGAAUAUUUUCGAUGCAUUCACAGGUAUGCUAGAAGGUAAAAAUACAGGAAAAGCCAUUGUAAAGGUCUAAAAAUAUCGUGCCUGAUUUAAAAAACGCGAAUAACAAGACUGAUGUAAGUGAAUAAAUUACUUUUUAUAGAAUCGU